AUGAACAGAGACAUGCUUAAGUUGCGGAAGGAUCCCACCAUCCCUCCCUCUGCCGCUGCAACCGUCAACACCUCCACCACAAACGCAUUCCCUGUCUCACCGCGGCUAGGAGGCACCGGAGGAGACGGUAGAGGAAACCGUAGUGGGCGCCAACGCACCUCGCCAAAAGGGUCAGGUGCGGGAAGCAAUGUCGCCUCUGUCCCUGCCAGCUCGAACGCCUCGGUAUCUUCAGCACAACACACUGCAACCAACGGAGGGCCGACCGUUGGUUACAAUACGUUAGGAAGUCCUGGAUACAUUUCCGGACCCAACGGGCUAGGCAUCGGCGCAGCCAGCGGAGGAGGGUCUUCACCUUUGGUGGCCGGAAACGGAAGUCAUUCCCAGCAGGACGGCUCAGGGGCAAACGAUGGUCAGAGUCCUCUGCAACCAUCUAUAUCACCCAUCAGCACCCCAAACACAUACAAGUUUGACACCAAUGGCGCACUCUGGGCUCUUUCAGCCUCUCCAGACUAUUCAUCGGUUGCCGUUGUCGGUCGUGAUGGUAACGAAUACAUCGAUUUUCUCAAAAUUCUGAAUGUCACCGAGUGGGGCGCCGAGGAAGCUAUCAACUUGAAGGCUGUUGGUGUCAGGAACAACUUUGCAGGAAGCAUGGACGUCAAAUGGGGUCCAACCACAGGUAGAGACAUCAUGAACGGCAGACAUAAUGAAGGACGAGAUGCAAAGAUUGCCACGAUUGGCACCAACGGACCCAUCGUCAUCUGGGAUAUCGGAACGCACAACAAGAUCGGCCGGACUAUCAAGGAACAUACCCGCUCUGUCAACAGGAUCUGUUUUUCGCCGCAAGAACCCAACUUGCUUCUUAGUGCAUCAUCUGAUUCUACCAUCAGGCUUUGGGAUUUGCGAGCUGGCAAUAAGCCAGGUACAGUCAUGGACGCGAAGGAAGUUGUUCGAGAAGUUCAAUUCAACCCAACGUCUAUGAACGAUAUUGUGGCAGGAUAUGAGAGUGGAAACAUUCAGCGCUGGGAUCUCCGGAACCCUCUUACUGGCGAGAAAAAGUUUAUGGCCCACAUAGGAUUCGUCACGUCUCUAGAUUACCACCCGAGCGGGAGAUUUUUGGCGAGCGGUGGACGCGACAAGACCAUCAAGGUCUGGGACAUGGAGGAUGAGAAGAGGCGGGAGAUUCACACCAUUCCUACAAUCCAGUAUACAUCAAAAAUUCAAUGGCGACCCAACAGGCCGUAUCAACUUGCGGCAAGUUUCAAGGACGAGUCGACUGUGCAAGUGUUUGAUGUGCGGCGCCCCUAUGUACCGCUUCACAUUCUAUCUCAGCACGACAAGGACGUGACGUCUAUUCUCUGGAAGGACAGCGAUGUUCUUUGGACUGUCUCCAAAGACAAAACUUUUGCCUCGACUCUUGUCAAGGGAAAAACGAUAUCGGCGGACCUGCUGCCGGGCGGAAAAGCAGCAAUGAACUGCUAUGGUCAGCUGGCAUUCACGGUCUCGACAAAGGCUGGACCUGAUUCGUUUGAGCGAGAUCUUGUUCCCAAGCCUGGUCGACCCAUCGCAAAGGCGGUAGCACUUGACGGCAGUUCAGAGCCGAUGGUGUAUAGGACUAGGCAGACGGGAGGAGUGUUCGACUGCGAGCUUUUCAACCACGAGGCAUUUAUCUACUGUGCUCAAAACUAUUCCAUGGAAGGGGGAAACAUCCGCGAGGUGUGCGAACAUAAUUCGAACGUCGCAUGGCAAGCCAACAAAUACCGCGAUUCUCAAGCAUGGACCGCCCUGAAGCUGUUUUUCAGCGAGAUGGCAGACCCUGCCAUCGUUCUAUCUCAAGUGGACGCUGUUGCAUCUGAGGCUACGACAACGACUGCUACAAAGGAGGAGGAACAGCAGGAUGAUGAUGACGACAUUGAUACACUGGAGACGAGGGCGACCAAGCCUGUCGUGCCGAGUCUUUUCGCGAUCAAAGUCUCGGAUGCUCCUGUCAAACGGAAUUGGUCGCACGACGAUACCAUUCGCAACAUGCUAGAGUUUUACGCCGAGCAAGGAGAAGUGCAGAUGUGCGUCACGAUAUUGUUGGUUCUGGCGGACGAGGAGGAUUUGCCAGAAUUUAAGCUGUCAGAACAGUGGUUUGGCUCGUAUAUCGAUCUGUUGUCGAGGUUUAAGCUGUGGAGCAUUGCGACGGCAGUCUCGCAAGCGUGCAAAGAUGUCAGGAUCCACACUAUGAACCAGGACUCAACCACGAUCCACACGUCAUGCUCGAGUUGUAUGAAACCUAUCUUGACUCGAGCGCCAAGUUCGUCAGGCUUUUGGGCAUGCGAUCGUUGCCGCAAGGUCCUGAGCUCGUGUUCGGUCUGCCACAAGACUGUGCGGGGCAUCUUUACCUGGUGCACACAGUGCUCUCAUGGGUUCCAUCUGCAGCAUGCACAGGAGUGGUUCUCUCAGUCAGCAGAGUGCCCUACUGGAUGCGGUCAUCAGUGUUUUCCCGAGAUGCUCAAGAUUCAGCGAGAACAAGAGGAACAGAUGUCGCUUCGACAGGAAACACCCGAUAACGAGCAUGACCCGUCUCACCCACAUGCGUCUCUUCAACACCAUAGUCACCAUCUUCGGCCUCGCUCAGUUCAUUCCCAUCCUCAGCAGGAGCUGGCCUCCAACCCAGGACAUUCUACCCUUCGAGCGGCUGAUUCUAGUGAUGCCAAAGCAUCUUCGUCUUUAUCCUACUUGCCCUAUAAUGUUGUAUAA